CUCUCUGAAGUUCUAGGAUUUCGGUGUAUUUUUCAAUGUGUAGACACUUCACCUUCAAGACUUGUUCUUGUAGUUUCUCCUUCAGCUGAAAGAUGGAAUACGAUUUAAAAUGUUGUGUUGUACAACAGCUGACUGAAGACAGGGCAUUCAGAUCAAUAACUUACCUUUUCAGCAGAAAACAAAUCGAAUACAAUCCCUUCAACUCUGUUAGUUCUCUCCACUGUGUGAACGCAAAUCCAAGGUUUAUUCUCAUCUUGGCCCGCUCUCUAUCACUUUCCCUUUUUGCCAGUCUGCUCUCAAAAUGUGUCUGUUUCUUUGGCUUAGAUGGAAUAAUAUUUGCUGCUGGGUCAGGUCUUCUGCCCCUCGUGUCUGCCAUGUCUGUAAGCUAGCUAUUUCCUCUAGCUAUUAGCCAAGUGCUAGCCGUGGGCUCAGCUAGCUAGCUAUCACACUGCCUCCUCACUGACGGAAAACACGUCACUCAUUGUGUGCUCCCCAAAAUCUGGCUGGAAAAUCCGACCAGACAGGGAAAAUGAAAACCAAUGAAUGCAGUGGUUCUCCUUAGGAAGGCUAGAGGAGAGGCACAAUAUUGUUACUGUUGCAUCACAUUGGAUGACCACUAUAAAAACAAAUACAAAAAUUGACAUAUUGCAGCUUUAAACACUUGGUGGUUUAUAUGUCUGAAGUGAGACACGUACAGCUGCACAUGCAUUCAUCCUUGUGUGGUGGUCAAUGUUGUUGUGCAGAAGACACUGAAGCAGUUCCUUCUGGGAACCCUCAAUCUUUCACCCCUGUACAUAUUCUGAGAAAGGGAUGAGAAAAUUGUAUAAAUAUUGUCUAAUCAAUGGGAAAUGCCUUUGGGGAGAUGUCCCCCUUGGGGGUCAAUGACCUCCUUGAGUCCCCUUGAAGAACUUUGCUCUAUCUCGUUUUGUUCUCUCCAAUUGUUGAGUUAACCGGUUCCCGCACUCCACACACACAUGCUGAUAAGACCAGAUAAGGCAAAUGAUCUGAGAACAGUGUAAGAUCAUGUUAGUGAGUUACUGUCGAGUAUUUGUUUCAUUCCCGGGGUGGGUUUAGACUGUAGAGAGUCUAAGUUAAAUGGGGUUGGCGGGGUUGGUUGUUUGGUCAAUCUUAUGGGUCAAAAGACAUCCUGCUUUCCUUCAAGCCGUUCAGUUCCACACCAUGGGGGGUUAGUAGAGCAAUCACUGCUGCCCCUGCUGUUGAAUGAGACAAAGGGCUGUGCAGCUUUACACACACACACACACACACACACACACACACACACACACACUCUCUUUGACACGCACAUACACACUCUUUGACAUGCACAUACACUCUCUCUGUCUCUCUCUCUCUCUCUCUCUCUCUCUCUUUCUCUCUCUCUGACUCACUUACUCAGCAACUGUACAUGCUACAGCAGGGCAGAGAUACAGAGUGCAGCAUUUGAAUUUCAGACUGUGGAGCUACCUUAAAGAAGACACACAUUUAGGGGUUCUCUUUGUUUUUCUCUUUUGUUUGGCCUUCCACAGACCCUCCAUCUUUGAGGCACUCGUGAUGGCUUCCUGUAUGGUGUCUAUCCUCUUCCUGUUCCCUCUAAUCGCCGCCAUGUCAGCAGAAGAACCGCCAGGCUGCAAGAUCCGGAUCACUAACAGGGGGCUCGAAAUGUUGAAGUACGAGACGCAGAAGUUUGUGGUUGAGGAACUGAGCAACAUCACCAUGCCAGAGAUGAAAGGCAAAGAGGGCCACUUCCAGUACACCAUCAAAGAGGUGAAGAUAAAUGAGCUGAACCUGAACUACGCUGACCUGGCCUUCCAGCCUGGCCUAGGACUGCUCUUCAAGGUGCAGAACUCCUCCAUCACUCUCAGCUUCCAGAGACACAUCUUAUACUGGUUAUUCUAUGACACCGGUACCAUCAAUGCCUCUGCAGAAGGUGUGAACAUCCACACUGUCCUGCACACGACCAGAGAUGAGUUGGGACGCCUCAAGAUCUCCAACAUCACCUGCGAUGCCUCCAUCGCCAAAAUGAAAAUUAAGUUCACUGGCACCUUGGGGAGGGUGUAUGACUUCCUGGCGACUUUUUUGACUACUGGAAUGCGCUUCCUUCUGAACCAGCAGAUCUGCCCUGUCAUGAACCACGCUGGUUUGGUUCUAAUCAACACUUUGUUGGAGACAAUUCCAGUGCGAACAGAAGUAGACAACUAUGUGGGGAUCGACUACUCCCUCCUCCGUGACCCCGUGGUGACUUCAAGGAGCCUUGACAUGGAUUUCAGGGGCAUGUUCUUUGAGCUCGGGAACGAGAGCAACACCUUGGUGAACUCUGCCAUCAACCCAAUUGUGAGAGAGUACGACCGCAUGGUGUACCUGGCUCUGUCCGAGUACUUCUUUGACAGUGGGUUGUACUCCUAUUAUAAAGCUGGCAUAUUCCAAAUGAAUAUCGCCAACGAGCACAUGCCAAAGGAUCUGGAGAUGCUCCUUAGGACAACAUAUUUUGGCAUCAUUAUGAUGAUUAACCCAGCCCUGGUGGAAUACCCUAUCUCCCUGCAACUGGAGUUGAACUCUGCCCCCAAGACAACCGUCAAGACCUCCGGGGUCACCGUGGCAAUCACUGCCAUCGUCACGGUGAUGGUGCUACCGCCCGGCAAGGCGCCUGUUCAGCUCAGCAGCAUGACCAUGGAGGCCAAAUUCAAUGCCAAGGUGUCCAUGAAGGGCAAGAGACUGGCUGUUCACGCAGACUUGAGGAGGUUUAAAAUCUACUCCAACCAGUCUGCUUUGGAAUCACUGGCGCUUAUUCCCUUACAAGUCCCCCUCAAGACUAUGUUGCAGAUCUCAAUAGUACCCAUAAUCAAUAACUGGACCAAGAGAGGCGUCGCUAUCCCUCUUGCAGAUGGUAUGGACUUCAUAGAGGAAGUGGUGGAGUAUCAUAACGGUUACCUCAUCAUUGGGGCAAACCUACAUUUCAGCAAGGGCCUAAGGGAGAUGAUCGAGAGGAAAAUCCAGGCUGACGCCGAGAAUGCCAUCUAAAGAGAAUUAUCCACCAGCAAUAACCAAGGAUAGAUAUCUUAGAUAAACACCCAUCCAAUCCUGUGUUUCUAUGUCCUCAAGGGCACAUGCCUUAUCUACAACAUGGAGCAGACUCUACUGUAACAAUUUCACCAAACCAUGCGGAUUCAAAAUCUUUUAAGAAUCCAAAAAUAAUAAGCUAGGCUGCAAUCUGUCCAAUAUACAGUGCCUUGCGAAAGUAUUCGGCCCCCUUGAACUUUGCGACCUUUUGCCACAUUUCAGGCUUCAAACAUAAAGAUAUAAAACUGU